GAACUUUUAUUUGAGGCAGCAGAUUUUGUGUGUGAGAUGACAAUUGCUUCCUUUGCUCAUACAAUCUUAGUGCAUGGUACCUUCAGCUCUACUCUGUGCCCUCCAAUAUCAUGACUGUGGAUAGUAAUAUCGUUCUUGUUAUCUUUCUACUCAUACAAAGUGCAGUUGGUGAGCUAAUGGGGAGUGAUGUUGAUCUAACGACCAUCAGCCAAUCAGAGAGUGAUGUUGAUAUAACGACCAUCAGCCAAUCAGAGAGUGAUGUUGAUAUAACGACCAUCAGCCAAUCAGAUAGUGAUGUUGAUCUUACCACCAUCAGCCAAUCUGAGAGUGAUGUUGAUCUAACCACCAUCAGCCAAUCAGAGAGUGAUGUUGAUCUAACCACCAUCAGCCAAUCAGAGAGUGAUGUUGAUCUAACCACCAUCAGCCAAUCAGAGAGUGAUGUUGAUCUAACCACCAUCAGCCAAUCAGAGAGUGAUGUUGAUCUAACCACCUUCAGCCAAUCAGAGAGUGAUGUUGAUCUAACCACCAUCAGCCAAUCAGAGAGUGAUGUUGAUCUAACCACCUUCAGCCAAUCAGAGAGUGAUGUUGAUCUAACCACCAUCAGCCAAUCAGAGAGUGAUGUUGAUCUAACCACCAUCAGCCAAUCAGAGAGUGAUGUUGAUCUAACCACCAUCAGCCAAUCAGAGAGUGAUGUUGAUCUAACCACCAUCAGCCAAUCAGAGAGUGAUGUUGAUCUAACCACCAUCAGCCAAUCAGAGAGUGAUGUUGAUCUAACCACCAUCAGCCAAUCAGAGAGUGAUGUUGAUCUAACCACCAUCAGCCAAUCAGAGAUUGAUGCUGAUAUAACGACCAUCAGGCAAUCAGAGAGUGAUGUUGAUCUAACCACCAUCAGCCAAUCAGAGAGUGAUGUUGAUAUAACCACCAUCAGCCAAUCAGAGAGUGAUGCUGAUCUAACCACCAUCAGCCAAUCAGAGAGUGAUGUUGAUCUAACCACCAUCAGCCAAUCAGAGAGUGACGUUGAUCUAACCACCAUCAGCCAAUCAGAGAGUGAUGUUGAUCUAACCACCAUCAGCCAAUCAGAGAGUGAUGUUGAUCUAACCACCAUCAACCAAUCAGAGAGUGAUGUUGAUCUAACGACCAUCAGCCAAUCAGAGAGUGAUGUUGAUCUAACGACCACUAGCCAAUCAGAGAGGGAUGCUGAUCUAAACACCAGCCAAUCAGAGAGUGAUAUUGAUCUAAACACUUUGCGCCCAUCAACUUUGACCGACCGUGUCACAUCAAUCGAAGGAAGUACAACAAAAGAAUUGCAAGCGAACACCCCAUUUUCAGCUGAGGAUAUUGGUUUAAAAAUCGUUUUGCCGACUAUUGGCGUCUUUUUUACGGGUGUUGGAGCGGUGGUUGCAGUUUUGCAGUAUAGGAAGAACAUGAACUCAAAUAAAGAACGAAACAGGGCUGAUCAAGAGAAUCAAACCCCCUCUCGAGUACCUCCAGGUGAGGACCAUCAUGGUGUCCCAAACUUUGAUGAUGCGUAUACUGGUAUCAAUCCGCAUGAGAGAGCUAGAAACACAGAAUAUAUGACAUUGGACACUCCGAACCAAGGCACCAAAGAGAACAGUAGACAUUCACAUGAUUACGAGGAUAUUUCCAGUACCCAAUUAGUUUCCUUGAACCUGGAUCAACCGUCCAAGGAGAACGACAUCAGUCCACAUCUUUAUGAUGAUGCUUGGAGCACCCAAUUUCCCUUCAGCGAAAAGCGACAGUCUCCAAAGAUCGACAGCCGUGAAAUAUACGAGGAUGCAUCGUCUACCGCUUUUUCAUUCAACAUGAAACCCAUCACCAAGUUGGAUGGAUUCGAGAAGGGAUACUAUAAGCCUACAUUAAAUCAUGAAUACCUUUCCCGUGAAGAAGCGAUUGACUUGCUUCUCAAGUCUCAACGGCUCACUGCGGACAGUUUCUCUCAGGGGCAGAAAUCUCUCCCAAAAGGUAGGGGGGGGGGGACAAGGGGCUGGAAAAUUUGACAAUAAAAAAAAAAAAGAUUAUCACCCCAAAUUUCAGGUCAUUUCGACGAAAAUAAAUUUGACAAACAAAACCCAGUAAGGUCAUCCCGUCCUCAAAUACAUGUUUUAUUUCGAUUUUGAAUGAUGAAUUUCUUACCAUCAUAGAAGACCAGAAAUAGUAGGGAGGGACAUUUGAUAUUGUGUCCCCCUACUAUUUUGAGUAGGGGGGACACGUCCCCUGUCCCACACCCUGUGAUUUCCGCCCAUGGUUUCGCUUAAUCCCCAGAAGAACAUGAUCACUGGUGAUUCACUUUGACUAUGCUGAUUUCGAAUGUUACACGACAACUCGCUGGAAACUUCCCGUGAUAAAAUGACAUAAUCGGGAACUUUCCGCACAGCGACGCGGAAUGAAUCCUUCAACUUCAACGCACAAAUUUAGAAAGGCAAGUCCAAUCACAUAUGACGUCAUUUGUCAAGGUUCGGUGAAUCCGAACAGCAGUUUCCUCCGACAUUUAACGAAAAAUGGCAAAUAUGUCAUUUUUCCAGAGUCCAUGAUGAAAAUGGUGUUCUGAAUUCCCAUUUGUUUUAAGACCUCAUGGUUGUGCUUUAAAAGGGCAUUUUGACUAUACAUUUUUGGGGGAGGGGGUCUUAAAUCCAACAAGCAUCGUGGAAGCAGAAAACAUCCUCAUUUUUACGUGACUCUGAGCUUUACCACCCCCACCCCCCUAUACAGUAGCGGACCGUGACCCGGAGGAGACAAAGCAUUGGGGAGGGGGGCACUGCAUCAUCUGUGAACAAUGAUGUGCCCCCCCAAUGCUUUGUCUCCUCCGGGUCACUGUCCGCCACUGCCCCUAUACAUCAGGCAAAGAGAGGAAAGACGAAAUUCACACAAAUGUGCAUCUAUUUUGAUAGUAAAACAAAUAUAUAAGUGAA